AUGAAAAUUCUGGUGUGUGGAGAUGUGGAGGGUCACUUCAAGCAACUGUUUAGCAGAGUCCAGAGCAUCCUCUCCAAGAACAAAGACUUUGAGCUGCUGUUGUGUGUUGGAUCUUUCUUUAGCUCUGACUGCCAGGAGGAGUGGAGCAAGUAUCGGGAGGGGGUGGAAACAGUGCCUCUACCGACGUUCAUCCUUGGCCCGUGUUCGAUUGAGCAUGGCCAGUUCUAUGGAGACUUGUCACGUGAUGGAGGAGAGCUUUGCCCCAAUGUCACAUGUCUAGGUCAGCGUGGAGUGUACAGUGCGUCCAGUGGUCUGAGGGUGGCCUAUCUCAGUGGGAGCUACCAGGGGAGGACCUAUCAGCAUCAAGACAAGGGAGAUAAUCUAUUGCGACCAUAUUUCACUGACUCUGAUGUGUCCUGGUUGGAGGGUCAGUGCAGUGGAGAGGGCUACCGUGGAGUGGACAUUCUCCUCACCUCUGAUUGGCCCGGGGCAGUGGACAAGUUCACAGUGGCUCCUGACGGACUGGACCUGAGUGCAGUGGGGGCAAAGCCUCUGAGUAAACUGGCCAUGUGUCUCAAGCCACGCUACCAUUUUGCAGCUCUACACCAAACCUUCUAUGAGAGAAUACCGUACAGGAAUCACAAAAUCCUCCAAGGCAAGCCACAUCAUGUGACACGAUUCUUGGCUUUGGCUCAAGUGGGAAAUCCAGACAAGAAGAAAAGAUAUCUGUAUGCAUUCUCUGUCACACCCAUGAGCUCCAUGGACGAGAAAGAGCUGACUCAGCAACCACCCACUGCCACCAACUGUCCCUACACUGAACUAGUCAAAUCUUUGGAAGCUCGGAAUUCAAAUCUACCAUGUUUGCAGAGGUCAAAGUUUAUUGUGUACCUACUCCCACACACUGUGCAGAGGGAGUCUCAAGAGGAGGCUGGGCCUAACUUCUUCUUUGACCAGAGGGCUCUUGAUUCCGCUCAUCGCAAACAGAAGAGACAACAGGACGGAGGACCCCCUGCAAAGAGACGACCCCCUCCCCAGCCCAGGGGGCCGUGCUGGUUCUGUCUGGGAGGCAAGGAAGUGGAGAAACAUCUCGUGGUCUCCAUCGGAGAUCAUACGUACCUGGCUUUAUCCAAGGGUGGGAUGGUACCAGAGCAUGUGCUGGUCCUACCCAUCGGUCACUAUGCAGCCUCCACUGACGCACCACCAGAGGUUUUGGAGGAGCUUGGAAAGUUUAAGAGUGCUCUGAGGAAGUACUUCAACAGCAAAGAUCAGUCGUGUGUCAUCUUCAAGAGAAACUACAAAUUACAGCAUCUUCAACUACAGGUUAUUCCAGUGACCAAGAUUCCAUCUGAUGCUCUGAGACAAGCCUUCAUAGAGUAUGGGUGGAGUAUGGGGGUGUGGCUUGAGACACUGCCCAGGGAAACACCACCCUCAGAGGUAACACACACACAUCAUAGCUGUACCAUGUUCUACGUACCAUUCUCUAAGCCUUUUAUAGCCUCGAUUCCAGGCCGAUUAAAAUACGGCCUGGUACCUAUUGCAUGGUGAUAGUGCACAUUCGCUAGUUUAUUCACCAGAAUCCUUUCUCUCGUCUAUUUUCUAUCUAUGUACAUCAGCUUAGUAUUGCGUUGUUUCAGAAGGCUUUCACACUAGUCUAAAGUCAGAAGAGGCUCUCAUCUACUCUAUGACGGUUGUAUGGUCAGGAUGUCUUACCUUGGAUCUGUACAGUCUAUGGGAAGUGUAUGGUGCCUCUUGACUUCUACUUGUGAAGACAACCCGGCUAUAAGACCAUCCUAGAUAUAGUAGAUGAGAGCCUCUUCUGUCUUAAAAUUAGUGUUCAAGCCUUCUAGACCAACGCAAUAGAUGACAUAAGCCACAGCUUCACAGAACUCAGUCAUGGAGAUAAAGUAUUACGGAACAUUAUUAUUCUUAGUAAACGGUAUAAUUUACGUUCGUAGUACCAUUACCCAUAUUCUGAGUAAUUUGAAGGGCAUGCACACUAUCACCCAUGCAAUACCAGGCCAUAUUUUAAUGCGGCCUGUAAUCGAUGCUAAUAAGCGUAUAGAAUAGGGGCUAUAAGUUAUCAAUACUUCUCUUUACCAGAAUCUAUUAGUUUUGCUACACACACACCCUCCCUGAGGGCCCCCCACCCACCCACACACACACACACACACACACCCUCUCUGAGGGCCUCCCAC